AUGGCAGAAGUUCGGCCGCAAGUGGUUUAUAGCGAUGUUGCCGAAGGAGCAGAUCUCCAAGGGCAGCUGUUCGCUGGCAAGAAGUUCUUUAUAGCUCAGCGCUGUCCUAUGCGCUCGUCAUUCGUCGAACAAGUCAAAAGCAACGGCGGCAAGGUCGUGCCACUCGAGAAGCUGGCGGACUAUAUCAUUGUGGAUCACAUGCGCAAAGACAUUCCAGCAGGCAGCAUCUCAUACACGUUUAUUGAGCAAUCCAUCCGGAAAGGCGAGCUGCAAGACCCAGACGACCACGUCGCAGGCGAACCAGCGGGUACGGUGCGAGAAAUUGGUUCAUUCAGACCGACGAAGAGUGGCCGCAUUCCAUUCACCGCUGAAGACGAUAGACAGCUGUACAACUGGAUCAAGUCGUAUGAACGCGACGGGAGCGCAAUCAUGGGCAACGUGAUUUACAAGCAGUUGGAGGAAAAGAAUCCACGCCACCCAUGGCAAUCAUGGCGAGAUCGCUACGUCAAACAUUUGCAAUACAAACCGCCUCCUGGUUGCGCGCCUACUAAUGGCCCACUCUCACCUCCUUCCGAUGUACCUCCGUCCGAUGUUGACUCAGCCGCUCGCCAGCCCGUUUCCGAACGACGGAAGGACAGCACAGUUUCGAGAAACGCGGAUAGAAUAAAACAAGUUCGGAGUGAAGUUGAGGAACCGGAAGAAGCAGAACAGCCCCGAGAAGCCGGCUCCCCAGUUUGGAACUCGGAAGACUGGGACGAAUUAUACAACAAUGUUCCCAUUAUCCAAAACGCUCCGGCUAGAGAUUAUAUAGCGGGCUGGGAGCCAUGGGCCCAAGGUACCGACCACACUGCUCAACAAUGGCGAGACUUCUACGAGAAAACGGUGCUCCCGCGUUGGGAGAAGGACCAAGACGUAAAGGACACAAUUGAGGUGAAGCCAGCUAAGGAGCAACGUCAAAGACCACCAUCUCCGAGCGUGAUUAUCUACACACCAAAGAAAAACACCAAGAAUCGGAACUCAUCGUCUGCACAGAAACCAAGAAAGUCACCUGUGCAAGCUUCCACUGCGACGAUGCAGUCUCUAGCUGUAGGGGACUCUGUAAAAUCACGCGACGAUCUGAUAUACGAGCUGAUGGGGCAUCGAAAAGGCCGGCAACAAAUGGUUGCUUACCGAUUUUAUUUCGAAGCUCAUCGACACGAACUCGAGGACUGCGAUCCUACUGACUAUUCAGCUCCUCAUCGAAAACUUAACCCACGUUGGAAAGCUUUAUCAGGAAAGGAGCAAGCCCCUUACUACCAACUAGAAGCUGCCGACAGGGAACGCCAUCGCCUAGAAAGUAAUCCAACUGAGUACCGGGAAUGGCGCCUCCAAUAUAUAAACUCUAGCAAAGGCAAUUCUAGCAAACGAGGCCGUGAAGAGGACGACGAAAGUGAGGAAACACAGAAGGAGUUCUCAGACUCACGGAGAAGUAAGAAGCAACGCCAGCAGGAAAGCGUAGCUAAUCAGGGCGAUGUCCAGAACGAGAUGGAGGGCCAAGAUCAAGACGUAGUGGAUCAAAGCCAAGACGCAAUGGAGGACGACCAGGCGGCGGAAAGCAGUCAUGAGGACCCGUCCAUGGAGCAAAACGCCCAGAGGAUAUAUGUUGAUGUUUCGGACGAUUCUGAACCCGAGGAGGAAGAUGAAGCCCCAGAAGAAGCACAAGAGGCCAGAACUCCGAAGCAUCGAGUAAUCGACCUGAGCGACGAUGAAGAUGAAAGUGAGGAGGAGCAGGAAGACGAGGGGCAAGACGAAGUGGAGGAAGUUGAUCACAAGGAGCAGACCGUAUUUGACGAUGCUUCUGCGUCUCCAUCUCCUCACCAAAGCCGCUAUAAACCCCCCACAGCGCUUGACACGCAGGCAAUUCUCGCGGACCCAACACAGGUGCUUGAUGUAGGCCUAGCCGACCUCCCCAACUCGCAGGAACAUAUUCCUAAUGUUGAUGUCCCCGAUCUUUCUUAUACGCAGGGAGAGAACCCUGAUACCGGCCCAGUCGAACUCCCCGACACGCACUUGGACCAUUCGAGCGACCGGUCAUCCUCUCCGCUUCCGGACCAUGCUGCUUCCGAUGGAACAUCGCACUCGAUCCAGGAAUUUCGCAGCUUAGAGCAUCUUGAACGCCAGCGCCAGUCUACUCCACCGCUGGACCUGAACAUGCCCGAACCUGACAUGGACUCAGACGUCGAAUGGGACAGCCAAGAGGACCCGGACCCACCUCUCGACGGCGAGGCUACUAUGGAGUUCUACCAUGAGAUGCUAGACCGCGGCUACGACGAUGAGCUCAUCAGAGACGUCAUGCGUGCUUGCAUGACUAGAGCCAAGCUGUCGGAAGAGGUAUUGGCUAAGGUAGCCCAUGGGGAGCCGUGGCCUGAGAGGAGGGGCGUAUGGACUGCCGAGGAUGAUGAAGAUCUGGAGUCAACCGAUGCGAGACGAGUCCGGAGAGUCAUAAAGAAGCAUACGGAUGACGAGUGGGGAGGGUGUAUGGAGCGGCGGACCGUGCUGGAAUAUAUCCGCCAGGUGUCCGAACAACGGCAGGGUUGA